UAUAUAAAAAGGAGGAAGUUUUUUUAAGCAAGUACUAGCUAGCCCUAUAUUCCUAAUUUGGCCACACAACUAUUAUAUAUUCACAUACAUAAACAAUUAUUUCUUCUUUGGUUCUAAAAUUUCUUCAACACCAUGCCUUCACUCUCCGAAGCCUUUAGAGAAUACCCUUUGCACCUUAACCAUAAUAAGCUCCUUGAUUUCAAUUCCUUACAAGAACUCCCAGAUUCUUAUGCUUGGAUACAAAUAGAUCAAGAAGAUCACACAAUAACUAACCCUAAUUUCCCUUCAAAUUCUUGUCAUGGUGAUGAGAAUGUCCCAAUUAUCAACCUCAAUGAUCCAAAUGCUCCAAAGCUUAUAGGCAAUGCAUGUAAAACAUGGGGUGUGUUCCAAGUUGUGAACCAUGGGAUCCCCAUGAGUCUUUUUCGCGACAUUCAGCAAACCGGUCAGGCUCUGUUUUCAUGCUCGACUCACCAAAAGCUCAAGGCAGCUCGAACCCCAGAUGGGGUGUCGGGUUAUGGCCGAGCCCGAAUUUCGUCCUUCUUCCCAAAACUUAUGUGGUCUGAGUGCUUCACUAUUGUUGAGUCCCCUCUUGAACAUUUCAUCCAACUAUGGCCCCAUGAGUACAACAAACACUGUGAUGUAGUGGUGCAAUAUGAAGAAGCCAUGAAAAAGUUAGCACAAAAGUUAAUGUGGAUGGUGUUGACUUCUCUUGGCAUUUCAAAAGAAGAACUCAAAUGGGCCGGCCCAAAAGGUGAAUUCAAAUGGGCCUGUUCAGCCUUGCACUUGAACUCCUACCCUAGUUGUCCGGAUCCGGAUCGGGCCAUGGGUCUCGCCCCACAUACCGACUCGACUCUCCUCACAAUUCUAUACCAAAACGAUGUAAGCGGGUUGCAAGUCCUAAGGGAAGGCGUCGGCUGGGUGGUGGUGCCACCCCUUCCCGGUGGACUUGUGAUCAACAUGGGUGACCUCUUCCACAUUUUGUCGAAUGGGUCGUACCCGAGUGUGCUCCAUCGGGUGCUGGUGAACCGAACCCGGCAAAGAUUUUCGGUUGCAUAUUUAUAUGGGCCCCCAUCAAAUGUCCACAUACGUCCACAUCCAAAGUUAAUAGGCCCAAAUAGACCUGCCCUUUAUCGGCCAGUGACUUGGAAUGAGUACCUUGGAACCAAAGCAAAGUAUUUCAAUAAGGCACUUUCAUCAGUUCAACUUUGUGCAACGUAAUGUAUGUAAAUAUAUAUAUUAAUGGUUGGUUUGAUGUAAAAAACUCUCAUAAUAUAUAAUAGUGUACAAGUGUCUUGAAUAUGCUUUUU